AUGGCGCAGACCCAGGGGGAGAAGGAAGUGGAUGAUAUUGAGAGUCUGGUGAAAGCAAUUGACUGCUUUCUCCCAGACUUGCCCAGGAGGAAGCAUCAGGAAUUAUUGUGGGAUCAUUUUGUUGCCGGUGAUCGCCUUGUUUGUGCAGUUGCCCAGAAGAAUAUCAGGAAGUGGACUUAUUGUGGGAUCAUUUUGUUGCUGGUGAUCGCCUUGUUUGUUGUCUUCUUCACUGUGGGGUGGAAUUCAUUACAAAAAAUAUAUUCAACCAUAGGGUUUGGUUGA